CAUUGCCACCCCUUGUUUUCUAUCAAUGAUUAUAAAAAUCUAAUACUUGAGCUGGAACCUCUGAGAGGUGUAGGACCAUCUCUCAGGACAAUGGAUCUUUGGGGACUCACCACUUCUGUCCUUGUGGGUUGUGUUCUUUUGCUAAUCUUCUUGUCUCAAUGGAUCCAGAGACUCAAAAGGGGAAAGCUCCCACCAGGUCCUACUCCUCUUCCAUUUCUUGGCAACAUCCUUCAACUGGAUUUCAAGAACAUGAUUGCAUCAUUCUCACAGCUGGCUGACAAAUAUGGCCCCAUCUAUACUCUUUAUUUUGGAAGUAAGCGUAUUGUGGUGCUAUAUGGAUAUAAAAUUAUGAAAGAAGCUCUAAUUGACCAAGGAGAUGGUUUUGUAGACAGAGGAAGUGUUCCCAUAUUUGAUGAUGUAAUCAAAAGAAAAGGAAUUGUUUUCAGUAAUGGAGAGAGUUGGAAACAAAUGCGUAGAUUUUCCCUUAUGACCCUAAGGGACUUUGGGAUGGGGAAAAGAAGUAUUGAAGAAAGAGUUCAAGAAGAAGCCCAAUGUCUAGUGGAAGAAUUCAGGAAAACAAAAGGUCAGCCCACUGAUCCCACCUUCAUCCUUGGCUGUGCCCCAUGCAAUGUGAUCUGUUCUAUCCUCUUCCGUGAUCGAUUCAAGUACAAUGAUGAGAAAUUUCUAUAUCUGAUGAAAUUGUUAAAUGAAAACUUUCAGCUCCUUAAUUCACGAUGGAUACAGGAAAAAGAUAAUCCCCACUCUGAAUUUGACUUAGAGAAUCUAGUAAUGACUGGAGGAAAUUUAUUUGCUGCUGGAACAGAGACAACCAGCAGCACUCUAAGAUACGGCCUGCUGCUCAUGCUGAAGCAUCCUGAGGUCCAAGGUAAAGUACAAGAAUUGCCAUGCUUGCAGACGAGGCUUACUUUCCCAGCCCUGUACCUUGCUCAGGGGCUAGCCCUGCUUUCCUAAUUUUGUGUUUGCAUGACUUCCACACAGAGCAGCAACAGGUCAGACAGUUCCAUACAACACUUGGGCAAGACUUAGUUAUUUAAAUAUGUGAAGUUCUAUCAUACAGAAUUACAUUCACUUUAACUAAUAUGUAUAAAGUUCCUACUGUGCACGUUAUGCUUAUGACAAAAAAAAAAGAGUCAACUGAAAAACCGCUUCUCCUGAAAAGACAUAUUCUACCAGUGCUGGUUCUGCAGGAGCAGAACUAGGUACCAGGGAGAGAAGUUACAAACUGACAAAUGGAAACUUCAUUUAGGGAAAGACUUGCAAACUAGGAAAGUUCUCCCAAAGCCCAUUUAGCUAUAUAACUUCCCUGGAGGUAAUGAGUUCUCCUUUACAGGAGGUUCUCAAGCCUAAUCUUGAUGAACUUUUGUUCAUUCCAUUAGAAAUAGAAUUAUUGCGGAAUUAAAUGGUGCAAUUAAUAGGACACUGGCCUGAAGUCUGGAGAAACUGAAUUCAAAUCCAGCCUCUGAUACUUAACACUUAGGGUCUGUAUGGCCCUAGGUAAGUCACUUAACCCCCUAUAUACCCUGCCCAAAAACUAUGCACUUAUCUAUAUCUAUAGAUAGAUAACCAUAUAACAAUCAG